AUGUGGCGCCCCUCACCCAACUUUGUGACCCUGCAUUAUGUGUACAUCGUUGUUAUGGGCCUCCUGGGCCUGGCCAUCCUCUACCCAUACGGCAACAUCAGUGCCGUUGACAGUUACUUCUUUGGAGUCAGCGCCUCGACCGAGUCGGGCCUGAAUACGGUCGAUCUGAAGCUUCUCAAGACGUACCAGCAGCUUUUUCUAUACUUUGUGCCCAUGUUCACCAACCUCGGCUUCGUCAACAUCCUCGUUGUUGUAGUGCGGCUCUGGUGGUUUCGGAACCACCUUAUACAAGCCGAACCUCAUUUGCGACGAGCGUCACGUCGUGGCCAGGACGAUGAUCUCGAGGAGGGCAUCAAGUCUUCCCCCGCCGACACUCCAGACGACCGUGCUAGCUCGCCCAUUGCGAGCGGUAUUGAUGGUGUUCUCGCGGGACACAGGGAAUCAGUAGAUGAUCAAACACAAACGCGACAGGUGACAAUUCCCAAAGACUCGACAGAGAAGCAAAAAUCCAUUCCCGGCGACGAGAAGAAUGAAGCGUUUGAGCCCGAGCCACGCAUCACAUUUGAUCCUUCGACCAAUAUCCAUCCGAGAAGGGACGCAGCGCUGUAUAUUCCCGGCCCGCGCGAUCGCGAUCAGGGACAACCGAUUGUCGAGCUCACGGACGGCCGUGUAAGCCGAGACGACCUUCGCAUCGAAGAAAUCCCAAGCCCAGGCACUUCUACUCAUCCAAACCUCCGCCGCCGCCGCCUCGAUGGGCCGCUCCUAUCCGAGGCUCGCUCCAUGGAUCGAGUUGCCGGCGUGGCUUCGUCCAUGUUCAUCCUCGGCAACACUGACUCUCGCAAGGAGCGGCGUCCGUCCCUGGUUUCCCAGCCGACACUGGCGGUGGGCGAUUUCCCUCAGCUGUCGCGCGAGGUUACCGUGGGACGGAACUCGCUGUUUCAUAACAUGACAUCGGAGGAUCGCGAGGAGCUAGGCGGAAUUGAGUACAGGAGCUUGAAGCUGUUGCUCAAGAUUGUUCUCUCGUACUUCUUUGGACUGCAUCUAUUUGGAUUUAUCCUCCUCCUUGGAUGGAUCCAGUACGCUGAUCCCAAAUAUCCCGAUUACAUCGAGGAAUGUGGCCAGAACAAACACUGGUGGGCAUUCUACACGGCACAGACAAUGACUAGCAACUUGGGUUUCACACUGACCCCUGACUCCAUGAUCUCCUUCAACGACGCGCCAGCGCCGAUGCUCAUGAUGAGUUUCAGCGCACUCGCCGGCCACACGUUCUAUCCCAUCUUCCUCCGCCUCCUCAUCUGGACCAUGUCGAAGCUCUCGCCCAGCCGCUCUUCCAUCCAGGAGCCCCUUUCGUUCCUGCUCAACCACCCGCGCCGCUGCUACACGCUGCUCUUCCCCAGCGGGCCGACGUGGGCGCUCGUAGGCCUCCUGCUUCUCCUCAACAUUGUCGACAUCGUGCUCAUCAUCGUGCUGGACCUUGACAAUUCCGCCGUUGCGAAUCUGCCAGCGGGGCCACGCGUUGCCGCCGCCAUCUUUCAGUCCGUCAGCUCACGGCACACUGGCACCGCAAGCUUCAACCUGGCGGCCGUGAAUCCCGCCGUGCAGCUGAGCUUGCUGGUGAUGAUGUACAUUUCUGCGUACCCGAUUGCCAUUGCCAUCCGUUCGUCCAACACGUAUGAGGAGCGGUCGCUGGGACUUUACCAGCCCAGUCGGCCGGUUGAGGAGGAUAAUAAGGGCACGUCGUAUCUCAUGACCCAUUUACGAAAUCAGCUGAGUUUCGAUUUGUGGUACAUCUUUGUGGGCAUUUUCGCAAUAUGCAUCGCCGAGUCCUCUCGCAUUAUGGAUAACGAUGACCCCGCGUUUACUGUUUUUCCUAUUUUAUUCGAAGUCGUAUCAGCCUAUGGAAAUGUCGGCCUCAGUCUCGGGUAUCCCACUGUCUCAACCUCGUUUUGCAGUCAGUUCUCAACAUUUGCCAAGCUCGUUCUCUGCGCGAUGAUGCUGCGAGGCCGCCACCGCGGCCUACCCUAUGCGCUUGAUCGAGCCAUUGUGCUGCCCAACGAAAACUCGGUGUGGGAUGAUCGUGAUACCCUGGAGCUGGAGAGACCACGGUCUAGAGUCUCUGCGAUUGGUAAUUGA